CCGAGGGUGCUCGGCAAGGAGUAGCGAGCAGCUGGAGCCGAGUUGGAGGAAGCUGCGGCCAAGGCGAGGACGGCUGUGCAACCAAAGAGCCUGGACAGCGGAGCGCCGGCGGGUCGCAGCUGGAUCGCAGGCGCCUGGGAGCUGGGAGCUGGAGAGGCCGCUGAAGCCCAGGCCAGGCAGAGGAAGGAAGCGAGCCGCUCCGGAGGUGAAGCUGAGAGGGGAGUGUGGCAGUAAAAUCAGACGACAGAUGGACAUUGUGACAAGAACGUCAGAAAGGAUCGGGCCUCGCUGGGAGAGUCAGCCUGGAGUCGAGGUGUUGACAGGCCGCUGAGAAGGACACCAGGGCGGAUUGCGGCAUGCCGAGGGAGUAGAGCCUUGUCUUCAGUCACACCAUUGAUGGAGGACAGAUGGACAGCCGGACGGCCAGUCAGCUCUCUUAAGCCUUUGGAUAGCGGUCCUUCGUCCUCGGCUGGCCACCCGUUAGGGAUUUUAGCCCAUUCUGUGAACUCGCUUUCCCUCAAAACGUAAACUCAAGACUGCGGUGUGCAAGCCGACUCCUCUGUUGCCGGGUGACAGAGCUGCAGACAUGAGCGCCGAAGGGUACCAGUACCGAGCGCUGUACGACUACAAGAAGGAGAGAGAGGAGGACAUCGACCUGCAUUUGGGGGACAUACUGACCGUGAAUAAAGGUUCCUUAGUGGCUCUUGGAUUCAGCGAUGGCCAGGAAGCUCGGCCUGAAGAGAUUGGCUGGUUAAAUGGCUACAAUGAAACCACCGGGGAAAGGGGAGACUUCCCGGGAACUUACGUUGAAUAUAUUGGAAGGAAAAGGAUUUCACCACCCACUCCCAAGCCCCGCCCCCCUCGGCCCCUUCCUGUAGCCCCGGGUUCUUCAAAAACUGAAGCAGACACUGAGCAACCAGUUUUCACCCUUCCUGAUCUGGCUGAGCAGUUCGCCCCUCCUGAUGUCGCCCCACCUCUUCUUAUCAAGCUCCUCGAAGCCAUUGAAAAGAAAGGACUGGAAUGUCCAACUCUCUACCGAACACAGAGCCCCAGCAGCCCUGCAGAAUUACGACAGCUUCUUGAUUGUGAUGCCGCCUCAGUGGACUUGGAGGUGAUUGAUGUACAGGUUUUAGCAGAUGCUUUCAAACGCUAUCUCUUGGACUUACCAAAUCCUGUCAUUCCAGUAGCUGUUUACCACGAAAUGAUGUCGUUAGCCCAAGAAGUACAAAGCCCUGAAGACCACAUCCAGCUGUUGAAGAAGCUCAUUAGGUCGCCUAAUAUACCUCAUCAAUAUUGGCUUACGCUUCAGUAUCUGCUUAAGCAUUUCUUCAAGCUCUCUCAAGCCUCCAGCAAAAACCUUUUGAACACAAGAGUCCUCUCUGAGAUUUUCAGCCCUGUGCUUUUUAGAUUCCCAGCCUCCAGCUCCGAUAAUACUGAACACCUCAUAAAAGUGAUAGAGAUUUUAAUCUCAACUGAAUGGAAUGAACGACAGCCAGCACCAGCACUGCCCCCGAAGCCACCCAAGCCCACGACUGUAGCCAACAACGGCAUGAACAACAUGUCCCUACAGGAUGCUGAGUGGUACUGGGGAGACAUCUCAAGGGAAGAAGUGAACGAAAAGCUCCGAGAUACAGCGGAUGGGACUUUUCUGGUACGAGACGCGUCUACUAAGAUGCACGGAGAUUAUACUCUGACACUAAGGAAAGGAGGAAAUAACAAAUUAAUCAAAAUCUUUCACCGAGAUGGAAAAUAUGGCUUCUCUGAUCCAUUAACCUUCAACUCUGUGGUUGAACUAAUAACCCACUACCGGAAUGAGUCUCUCGCUCAGUAUAACCCCAAGCUGGAUGUGAAGUUACUCUACCCGGUGUCCAAAUACCAGCAGGAUCAGGUUGUCAAAGAAGAUAAUAUUGAAGCUGUAGGGAAAAAAUUACAUGAAUAUAAUACUCAAUUUCAAGAAAAGAGUCGGGAAUAUGAUAGAUUAUAUGAAGAAUACACCCGCACGUCCCAGGAAAUUCAAAUGAAAAGAACAGCUAUUGAAGCAUUUAAUGAAACCAUAAAAAUAUUUGAAGAACAAUGCCAAACCCAGGAGCGGUACAGCAAAGAAUACAUCGAAAAGUUUAAACGGGAAGGCAACGAGAAAGAAAUUCAAAGGAUUAUGCAUAACUAUGAUAAGCUAAAGUCUCGCAUCAGUGAGAUCAUUGACAGUAGGAGGAGGCUGGAGGAAGACUUGAAGAAGCAGGCAGCUGAGUAUCGUGAGAUCGACAAGCGCAUGAACAGCAUUAAGCCAGACCUCAUUCAGCUGAGAAAGACAAGAGACCAAUACUUGAUGUGGCUCACGCAGAAGGGUGUUCGGCAGAAGAAGCUGAACGAGUGGCUGGGCAACGAAAACAAUGAAGACCAAUACUCACUGGUAGAAGACGACGAGGACCUGCCCCACCACGAUGAGAAGACUUGGAAUGUCGGAAGCAGCAACCGCAACAAAGCCGAGAAUCUAUUACGAGGGAAGCGAGAUGGCACUUUUCUUGUCCGGGAGAGCAGUAAGCAGGGCUGCUACGCCUGCUCUGUAGUGGUAGACGGCGAAGUCAAGCAUUGCGUCAUCAACAAGACUGCCACCGGCUACGGCUUCGCUGAGCCCUACAACCUGUACAGCUCCCUGAAGGAGCUGGUGCUCCAUUAUCAACACACGUCCCUCGUGCAGCACAAUGACUCCCUCAAUGUCACACUAGCAUACCCGGUAUAUGCACAACAGAGGCGAUGAAGCGCGCUGCCCUCGGAUCCAAUUCCUCACCUUCAAGCCACCCAAGGCCUCUGGGAAGCAAAGGGCUUCUCUCUCCAGCCCGACCUGUGAACUGAGCUGCAGAAACGAAGCCGGCUGUCUGCACAUGGGACUAGAGCUUUCUUGGACAAAAAAAAGAAGUCGGGGAAGACCCAGCAGCUGAAGGCUGUUGGAUGAUUAGACAUUUCUAACCUUAUUCUUUUUCUUUCUUUUUUAAUUUAAAGCCACAACACACAGAGAAAAAGAAAUGCAAAAAUCUCUCCGUGCAGGGACAAAGAGGCCUUUAACCAUGGUGCUUGUUAAUGCUUUCUGAAGCUUUACCAGCUACAAGUUGGAACUUUGGAGACCAGAAGGUAGACAGGGCUGAAGAGCCCGCGCCUGAGACCGCUUGGUCCAGCCUGGUUUAGCCUGGGUGUCGCUGGGUGUGGUGAACCCAGACAUGUUGCACUGUGGGUUGUUUCCUUUGUAAUGAAUGAACGAUAUGGAGCAGAGAGGCACAUCUGCUUCCACGGGACACUUUGAGAGAACACCGACCUGGUAUGUUUGGAGGAAAAACAGAAACACCAGAAAAUGUCUUGCUUAAAACUUGUCAAAGCAACAACAGAAAAAUGAGUGUGGACAAGGGGACUUGAAAAUGACAUUCAGUAUAUAAAAUAUGUAUAUAAUAUUGGGUGACUAACUAUCAAAUAGAUGGAUUUGUAUCAAUACCAAAUAGCUUCUGUUUUGUUUUGCCGAAGGCUAAGCGUGCAGCGCUAUGCAAUUCUUCAUUUUUGUUAUGUUGUUACCAGUUUCAAAUACACUUUCAGAAUAAGCUUCCUUCAUCCCGAUUUUUUUGUUGCUUGAAAAUAUUGUUUCUCGUUUUUGUUAAUAUUUGUUUUGUUAUUCUUCAUUUUUUUUUAAAAAAAAGAAAUGUACAGGAUGCCAGAAAGGAAAAUGGCUUAAGAAUUAAAACUAUGAAAUAUUUUACAGUUUCUCUUGUACAGAGUACUUGGCUGUUAGCCCAAGGUUAAAAAGUUCAUGACAUUUUUUUUUUUUGACUAAAUGUUGGGCAGGGCCUGAUAAGCUUCAAAGCUGCUUUAUUCAAUAAAAAAGAAAAAGAAAAUGCUAUAUGAUAUGACAAAGUAUUGCUGAGUCCAACAGUGUUGUUUUAAGACUCUUGAAGUACGGUACCUGGCAAUGUUUCUUUCCUAGUGAAUUGUGAACUUCUUGAAUCUGGAGGGGAAGGUAGCCACGGGUUGUCACGGGGGUGGGGGUGGGGGCAAGGUGGUGUGCACUUUCUCGGGAUUCCAGAGAAGGGGAGAACCAUUGAAGAAGGAGGCUGCUUGUCUCCAUCUUUUGCCAUCUGAACAUCUGAAUGUGGUAGGCAUUACCCAUCAACAGCAACUCCAGACCUACUGUAACUCCAUGCAGUGCAGCUGGCCAGCAUCUCCGUUCUCACCAAGGAAGUGCUGAGUUUGUUUUGGGGUUCCUGGAACGUGCUCGUUGUUGUUGUUGUUGUUGUUGUUAUUGUUGUUGAACACACUGGUUUUCAAGGUUGAAUCCCUGCAUUUAGAAAAUGUGUUCUUUCUCUUUUUUAAUAUUGGACUAGUCACGGCAGCCAGCCACCCUUCCUUUCAGCAAAAGCAUGGUCUGAAAAACAAUCCUUUAGUUGGACGCUUGUUAUUUUCCUGGCUCUCCGUUCACUUUAGAAUGUACAGCGAGUAGACCCGAGUAGAUGGUCGCUGUGCUUUGUGGAAAUUGUUAAAAGAGAUACAAAUGGCAGUUCUUCUCACUCACAUCUUUGUGCAUGCUGUACUUCACGGUGAGGAAGGGGAGCAGGUGGUGGCAUCUUUAGGAUAAGAGUUCGAGUUUCCCUACCCUGAUGUACGUGUGCGAAAGCUGGCGUGUUUGUCGGGAAUUGUCACGUGCAGUGAAGAGGGGAGGCUAACCAAAGUCACGGUCACAGCCCUGGUAGACUCAAGGGCCGUCUCUUCAGUUUCACGUUCCCUUUUUAUAUCAGACGCACCCACGACUUUCUCUCCCCUUUCGAGGCUGAGGUGAAGGGUUUCUGUGUCUUUGAAUGUUGCUGUUUUCACCUUUUGGAAUUUGCAACCCAGUGGCUGGGUUAAUGGUCUGUAGACUGUAUUGUUUUUCUUCCUCUGAAACCACUGCCCAUCCUCUCAAGCAGAAGUCAGUCAGCCAGACUGUGAGCCUGCAAACCUGACUCUUCUAAGCUGACUGCACCCUUAUUGCCAGACAGUUGAUGAUUUCCCUGGGUUUACUCUGGGCUUUGCAACCUCCAGUGGCAGCAUUCCGCCAUGCCACCUACGACUGAACAGUCAAUUGUAAGCUAGGUUUGCAGGUGGACUUUGCUUUCUUUCUUUUCUUCCUUUUCCUUUUUUAUUCUUUUCUUUCUUUCAAUAGCACAUCAUGUAUGCUAUCAAAUGCAAAUAACUUUUAUUUUAAUUUUAAAAUGGAUCUGAAAUUGGCAAUUUCAUUACAAGUUCUGUUACCUUUUUUUUUCUUCAACACUCUUUGCAAGAUGACUUUCAAAACCAUCUCAUCUCAUAAACUUGGGUACAAUAGAUUUUCCAUUCGUCAGAAGGCAGAAGUCAUUUGUCCUCUCUAAGAGGGAGCUCUGCCACACCUGGCCUGCUGAAUGCCUUUUUGAUGACAGGUUAGUACGCCCACCAACUCUGUCCUUAGAGAAGCUUGAUCAUUAAGCUUCUGUGAUUCCAUCAGGGCAGGCAUUCAGAAGCGUUCAUUGAGUGGCCCGUGAGUGUAGAUGGAUACAGCACUCCUGAUCUGUAAGUGUGCCUACAUAGUUUUUCUCACAUCCUAAAGACAGCCAGACACUAAGCUGCGGACAGGCUGAGCUAGACUAUAGAAGUGGGAGGGCUGGGACCUCAUGUCUCACACCAGAGUGGUCAUAACCACAUGAAAAGGCAGCAAGCGUAUGUUUGCAACAUUUGGCAACUUCACGGCCCUGGAUAUAUGUAUAUAUGUAUAUGUGCAUGGACUGUGUUUCGAGUACACCUUUCAGCCACGCAGAUCCACAGUCGAGUUCAAGUGCAUACCAAGCAGAUGUCUAGUGCAGUUCUUGUGUAUGUGUAUGGCCUUUUUCCCCUUUGGUGUUGCUUUGUGUUGUCUUAUAAGAGUGAAAAUUGUUGGCAAAUGAAGUGAGAAGUUCAUCAUUUGACUUUUUUCUUUCUGUUUUUAGGAGCUAUGCCCUUUCAGGUAGCAGGUCUGGAUGACUUGCUUUCCUGACGUAUCCUCGUUUUCAGUGUUGUCAAGUCAGUGUGUGUGUCUGUGCGCUGUCCUUGUGAGGAACCAAUCGCUUUGUCAUAGAUCUGGUCUUGAACUAGUAACUUGUUUGGGAAGUCCUGCUGAUGUUCCUUAUUGGGAGACAGUUCCUGCUGGUUUUCCCAACUGUGCUUUUCGCGAUGCAUGAUAUCUAAGUCAGUUGGAAAGCGGGCUUUGCUGUCUGUUCGAAUUUAGGGUCAUUUAAGAAAGGGGCAGUUAAAAGCACAAUGCCUCACAUGGGACAAAGUUCCAAAAUGCCAAAUUCUCCUAUUUUUUACGAAAAUCUAUAGUUAUAUAAAAUAACUAGUACUGGGGGGUAGGGAGGAAGUGGCUCAACUGGUCAGACUCUCCAGCUUCACACUGAACUUGUCACCAUGAGAUAGCAUUGGCUGCCCAGGAUGCUGCUAUUUAAGAAAAAAAAAAGCAAACAAAACAACAAAAAAAAUACCCCUCAUUUCUAUGUGUGUAUUUUUUAAAGCUACACUCUGUUCAAUGUUUUUACAGAUCUGUUUAUAUGACAUUGAUAAAAUAAAGUUGGUCUUUUGACGAGAGGGAGGAUGUGAUUUUGACGAGAGGGAGUUGUAAUUUUGCCUUUACAAGGCAAUGGGGGUGGGGUGGGGAGGGAGUGUGCCUCCUUGACAUUUUGUUCAAGCUAUAGAUUCAGUGAAGCUAUGUAUUGUUUUAAGUUGCUUAAUGCAUUGUAUUAGGUCCUCAAACAGAAUAAAGGUUGUUUUGAAACUUAA